UAUCAAUCUCAACCACCCACUUUAGGCUUCCCAUUGUAAUCGUCAGAUGGAACUAUAUAAAUGUCUUCGACUCGCAUGUUCCUCCACUCAUCUCCCAUCCUCGUUCUAUCUUUCUACGACGCCACCAAAAUCAUCGAGAUAAACACCUGUUCACCACGGCACCCCCCACCCCACUGAUCAGUGACACUGUACCAUUCUUCUUUUUACCUCGCCGGAGGGAUCACCUGACAACUGUCACUGCCACUACCUCAGUCAAAUCCCAAUAUCGCCUCUGAUUUUUGCCUUAUUUCUUUGAAGUCUUUUGCUGCAAAAUCUUCGUAUUUUCCUCUUAACUUCUUCGCAUUCAGUCUUCUAUGGUGAGUUUUCUCUGAUUUUGAGCAAUCUAAGUGGACCUGUGCCACGUGCAACCCCGGCAAUCUGGUCACUGCCAUCCAAAUGGGCGGCCGGAACCUGGAAGUCAACCUCUUGUUUCUACCUUCUGCUCCUCUCUUAUAGCUUCUAACAGUGAAGAACCCUAAACCCAACAUCAUAAUCAUCACAGGUCCAUGAUCCCUGAUUGCGACAAUGGCUAACUCUUCAAUUACUGAUUCCUUUUUUCUUUCUGCAUGACCAAUGGUUGCACAUGAACUGCACAUGCCUCAGUAUUUCCAGGAUUCAGCUAGAUCAUCAUCUUCUUCUACCUCUCAAUAACAAUAGCUUAGGCUUACCGAAUUUCAGGUUACAUGGAAAUCGACAAAGCAAUCAAAGAAAGUGAUGAUAGAAGGCUCAAAACGAAGUAUAAUAAUGCCAUCUAUGUUAUUCAAAGAGCUCUUGCUUUAUACUCAAUUGAAGAGCUUGCCUUCAGCUUCAAUGGAGGGAAGGAUUCAACAGUUUUGCUGCACCUGCUUAGGGCUGGCUAUUUUUUGCAUAAAGGGGGACAAAGCUGUUCUGAUAGGGAUCUGACUAGUUUUCCAAUUCGCACAAUAUAUUUUGAAAGUAGUUCCGCCUUCCCUGAAAUCAGUUCAUUUACCUAUGAUACAGCCUCGAGCUAUGGUUUGCAACUGGAUAGCAUUAGCUCAGAUUUCAAAUCUGGAUUGGAAAAUCUUCUAAAGGCUAAUCCUAUCAAAGCUAUUUUCCUUGGUGUUCGAAUUGGUGACCCUACUGCGUUAGGCCAAGAACAGUUCUCCCCUAGUUCACCUGGGUGGCCACCUUUUAUGAGAGUGAAUCCCAUCUUGGAUUGGUCUUAUAGAGAUGUUUGGGCCUUUAUUCUGACCUGCAAAGUUGAGUACUGUAAGCUUUAUGAUCAAGGAUACACUUCAAUAGGGAGCGUACAUGACACAGUACCAAAUUCACUGCUGUGUAUUAAUGACUCCAGUUGUAACAAAAAAUUUAAACCUGCAUAUUUGCUUGCUGAUGGAAGAUUAGAAAGAGCAGGAAGGGUAAAAAAGUUGUCUCUUUCGAUUCCUGGGCAUUUUCCUGUUUUCGGUGAUAGCCCAGAUAGUGUGGACCCACAUAAAAAUGGCAUGCUUGUAGCCUCAGUGAUUGCUGUGGGGGAUGAGAUUCUGUUCGGCACUGUUGAGGAUCAGUUGGGUACUUCAUUGUGUAGAAAGCUCCAUUCAAUUGGUUGGUCAGUAUCACAAAUUGCUAUUGUCCAGAAUGAUAUAGAUUCCAUGGCUGAAGAGGUUGAGCGACAUAAAUCUACCAAUGAUAUGGUAUUUAUAUAUGGUGGAGUAGGUCCAUUGCAAUCUGAUGUUACCUUAGCAGGUGUUGCAAAGGCAUUUGGGGUUCGCCUGGCUCCUGAUGAAGAAUUUGAAGAAUAUCUUAGGCAUCUUAUUGGCAAUCAGUGCACUGGUGAUCGUAAUGAGAUGGCUUUGUUACCCGAAGGAAUCACUGAAUUAUUGCAUCAUGAAAAGCUGCCAGUUCCCAUGAUUAAGUGCCAGAAUGUAAUCAUUCUUGUGGCAACCAAUGUUGCUGAGCUGGACAAGGAAUGGAAGUGUUUGACAGAAUUAACAAAAUCUUACGGCCUGUUUCCAAUGAUGGAACCAUUUGUAUCAAAACGCUUAACAACCAAUCUUUUAGAUGUAGAAAUUGCUCAACCUCUAUCAAAACUUUGUCUUGAAUUUCCAGAUAUUAAUAUUGGGGUUUAUCGCAAAUGCAGAAAUGGGUCAUUAAUAAUUAGUUUCCAAGGAAAGAAGCAAGUGCGGGUUGAUUUAGCGGUAGAAGCAUUAUGCAACAUGUUCCAUCCAAGGGCAUUUACUGAAAUUAACUAAAUUUGUGGUUCUGCUCAUACUUCAAACUGUUGCUUUUGAAGCUUCAGAAGCCGAUACUUAUUCGAUAUUUGUACUGUUUGCAACAUAUAUUGAGGAGGAGGUUACCUUAUUGUCAAUCUAAAGAUCAUAUGGGAAUAUUAGUGGAGUUUACAAUCAGGAAGAGAAUAUUAUAUAUAUAUAAUCAAAAAAUAAAACCUACAUAUAAGAUGGUGACGUGAAAGUUCACACAUGCAUUAACUGCACCAAGUCUGUGAGAAGGAACGUAGCAAUGCUGGUGAACUAACAGGUUGAAAGGACGUUGUAUCAGCUUUAGGGAAGAGCUGUGUGAAGUUCACAUCUCUGUUCAACUCAGGUCACCUGGAAGUUGAACAAACAAACAGUUCCUUUGGAAUUACGGCCAUGGUUUGGUUUACUUCAGAAUUAAAAAUGGAAAUGUAAUUUUUUAAAUGGAAUUCAUUUAUUUUCCUUUGAUUAACGGAGGGAUUUACAUAUUUUUUUUUAUGAUGCUUUCAUAUUUGAAUAAAUCGAAAUUAUGUUGAAA